AUCACGUCGACUAUGACGUUAGUAGAUAGCGGCGCCGUUUCAGAGUGGAAUGGGAGCUAACGAUUUUUCCCAUAUUUUGAUAGUUUAAUCCGUGAAUGGCGCCGAAACAGGACCCGAAACCCAAAUUUCAAGAAGGUAACCCUUUGAAUUGUUAAAUUUCUGUUAGAAAUGUGUCGUCGAUCGCGGCGGGAAGCGCAAAAUGUGAAGCAGCCGUAUAACCGAAACAACACCGCUACCCGAGAGCGGCUAACCACGUUAGCCUUCAUUGUUAUUCUGCAGCACAGCUCUGCAUCAUGUUUAUCCUCAGAGAAUCAGCGAUUUUCCGAACAAUACUCGGUAUACUAGCAGUAGCAUAUCAGUGAGGUCUGUAGUGAAAUUCUAGUGGCGUUUUAGCCGCUCAGUGCUUUCAUUCAUGCACCUCUAGCCUGUCUCUGCUCUCUCAUGUGAAUGUUAGGCUGGUCUGGUCUGUGUCAGUCUGGUCUAGUUUAUGUUAGUCUGGACUGUGUCAGUCUGGUCAAUGUUAGUCUAGUCUAGUUUGUACCAUCUGAACUUUUCUCAUGCUGAUCUUUAUUGACCAGGUGAAAGAGUGCUGUGUUUUCAUGGGCCAUUGCUCUACGAAGCUAAGGUAGGCCACCUUAGUGAGGCUGCUGCUCUGAUCAUGCCAUGUGUCUACUACCUCUGAUGUGCAAAAUAAUGAAAUGUUCCUCUUUUUUUCCAGUGUGUUAAAAUAAGCAUAAAGGACAAGCAAAUCAAAUACUUCAUUCAUUACAGCGGGUGGAACAAAAAGUAAGUUUAAAGUUGAUUCAAGAUUUGUUAUCUAAAGAUGAAUUAAAAGGAUAAUUCGGAACUUUGUGUUUUCUUCUUCCAGCUGGGACGAAUGGGUUCCUGAAAGCCGAGUGCUUAAGUAUGUGGACAGUAAUCUGCAGAAACAGAAAGAGCUUCAGAGGGCCAAUCAGUAAGUCCCUAUAUCGCUUUGAAUUUUAUUUAUAACGCGCUUUUACAGGUGCUCAAAGACGCCUUACAAAGAAAAAUAAAAAACUCAAUUUAAAGUACGCUAAAUAUUGGGAAAUCAAACCAACAAUGCAAAAGGUUAAAACAGAGCACAGGUUAAAAGCCUGUGAACUGUGAAGGGGAGAUUAUUUGAUGGUAUGAUUUUACAAACUUUCCACCAAAGAAGGACAAAUUUUGGCGAUUGUCUUGUUUUAGUUGUCUGUGGUGGGAGCUGGGAAACACAGGACUGUAAACACUGAUCAGGUUCAUUAUAAAAAACACACAAUCAAAUAAAAUCCACAGUAAUCUGUGACCUUGAGUGUCCUGCAGGCAGAGGGACUGACUGUCCUUUGCAUGAUGCAGAUUCUUAGACCUACUGUGAAGAGUUUCAAAGUGGUUCAAACUGGCUAGAAUUAAUACUGGUGCAUCUCUAUGACCUAUAAAAGCAACUAAGACCACCAGGGAGAGGACUAUUUCUAUGUAGUUAUUUUAAAACUUUACUGCAACGUGCUGGGUGUCAAAGCAAGGGGUAUUCACAACUCAUUAAAACACAGGAAAUGAUCAGCUAAAAGAUAAAACCACAGGGUAGACAAAAAUCAACACAAAAAAGUCCCUCUGUUUUUUUAACUUGUGCACUCUGUGAAUUCAGAGACCAUUAUGUAGAAGGAAGAAUGAGGGGUGCUGCGCCGAAUAAGAAGUUACCUGCUCCACCGCAGAAAAAUGAUGUGUAAGUAUGAAUCUUUCUUCUUCCUGCUUUCAUGCCUCCUGUCAUUAACACUUAUUUAUAAAAUGUGUAUUUUUUGUUGUAGGAAAACCAAAAAGAACAAACAGAAGAGUAAGUAUGUCUUUAUAUGUUUUAUAAAACUAACACCUUUCAGUUGCAUGCACUUAAACUUACCAAAAUAAAAGUCAGCAGUUCUUUUUGCACAGCUGUGUUGUCUGUUAUCAUCCAUAAACUGUCAGACUAACUUCCUGUUGUGAAUUGAAUCCAAGUUAACUGUGUGUCUUUCUGGUGCAGCUCCUGGUGCAGGAGAGGGGACAAGUUCAGGAGGAGAACCAACCCACCCUCCACGGAAGAAGAGGGCACGUGUUGACCCAACAGUUGAAAGUGUAAAUAUUGUACUUUUGUAUGUGGCUUUUAAUUAGUGGUUGACCAAUAUCAGUUUCUCAACAGCAAAUGCUAGUAAUUAGGGCGGGGUUACUAUGAAGCAGAAAUGUUUUUUAUGUGCUUUCCUGCCAUCAUUCUUCAGCAGCUUACAUUUUAUGACCAAAACUAUCUCCCACAACUAUGUAGCAUCUGAACUCCACCAGUAGAAUUCAGAAUGGCAGAAUGAACACAAGGGGGAGCUCUAACAUCGCAGCCUCUCUAACAAGGCUGGUGCCUGCAGUGUCUGCAAACAGCCUCAAAGAAUCGCACACUUCCUCUGUUUUUCAGGAGGAGACGUUCAUAAAUCGAGUAGAGGUCAAGGUGAAAAUCCCAGAGGAGCUGAAACCAUGGCUUGUGGAUGACUGGGACCUGAUAACGAGGCAAAAACAGGUCAGAAACCAGAGGGCUUUUUAAAACUAUAACCUUUCUCACAGCCUUAAACCAUCAAUACACUCACUAUCUUCAUCCUAAAAUUUAAAAGUUAUUCAUCUGAAUUUUUGUGUGUGCACUUGAUGUCUUCAGCUUUUCCACCUGCCUGCUAAGAAGAACGUUGAUGCAGUCCUUGAAGAUUAUGCAAACUACAAGAAAUCAAGAGGAAACUCUGACAGCAAGUAAAUAAUCCAUCGCUACUUGUUUUCUGAUCUGGAGUUUUUUGUUUACUGAGCUGCCCCUGAAGGCAACACAAGAAAGAAAACGAUAUAAAUUUGGAGUUAUAACUACUUUGUCCUCUUUUGUUCAGGGAGUUUGCCGUGAAUGAGGUGGUCGCUGGUGUAAGAGAGUAUUUCAAUGUCAUGCUGGGGACGCAACUUCUCUACAAAUUUGAGAGGCCGCAGUACGCAGACAUCCUUGCCAACCACCCAGAUACAUCUAUGUCCCAGAUCUAUGGCGCUCCUCACCUACUCAGACUCUUUGGUAAAAAAAAAAAAUGUAUUUGCCAAGUUGAUUGCAUGCUGAGUCCUAUUGUUGGUUUGCUUAAUAAUGCAAAAUUUAAUCCGAUACUAAAGAAGAACCUGAACAAUUAUCUGCACUCUGUGUCAGUGGCUUGCAUGCACUCAUUAGCGAAUGUCCUUUGUCAUACCAACUUUGAAUGCCAACUUUUUUUUUUUAAUUAUGACUUCUUUUUUACUCUUUCCUUCUUUAUUUUAUCUCAAACUUUAAGAACAGCAACAAAAAAAACAACUAGAAACAAAAACACGGAACAAAAUUAUACAUAUGUACACCAAACAACUGUACAUGUCAAAGAUAAAUUUAUUCAAACAGUUUGAGAAGGAACAGAAUGAAGCAAUGAACCCCUUCCUUGCAAAUUAGAGAUUUAAAAAAAAAAUGUAAUUGUAUAAAUUACAAAGAUCUGUAUAAAUAUCUACAUAUUAUACACAAAGAUAUCAAAACUUGUCUUGUUUAAUUAGGGUUGCACAAUAAAGUAGUAUUACACAAAGGUAUAAAGAGAAUGCUUUCUGUUUAAUUAUCUUUUGUAUAGACCAAUAAUAAUCUCUUUUCAACACAGUGACCUCUGUUCUUAGCUGUUCCUCUUGAGAAACUGCCUUUUAAGGAGGAAUAAAACAUUAGUUAGUAUUAAUAAGUUGAACCCAGGUAAGGGAUCCUGUGUUGUGUCAUUCACCUUCUUUUGUUUGAUUCUAUAAGUGAGGAUCGGAGCGAUGCUGGCGUACACUCCGCUGGAUGAGAAGAGCCUUGCACUGCUGCUCAGUUAUCUACAAGACUUCCUAAAGUGAGUACUGUGAGACGUGUUCAAACCCUUCAUUUAAACCUUGAUUCAUCCACAGCAUGAAUAAGAAAAAAUGUCUUUUCAUCACAGGUACCUUGUAAAGAACUCUGCAUCCCUCUUCAAUGCCAGUGACUAUGAGGUCGCACCUCCAGAGUACCACAGAAAGGCAGUAUAAGGUUGUUUUUUUAACUUUAGGAUCUGAAGCCUUUGUCUGCUGAAGUUCAGAAAUGACUUUUCUUACCUGUUGAAAUGAUGCGAUUUCACAAAAAGCCUUCGGAGGACAGAUUGUGCGAGGUCUGUUGAUUUAUUGUGGAACGAGAUGUCACACUAAUCCCCGGACAAAUUCAUUUUCUUUCAUGUGGAAAGCUGCUGAGAAUGCUCUUCCUGUAUUGGUAUGUUUUUGAGUACCACUUUUUAGUUUAUACUUGUUUUUGUCCCUUUGUUUACGAAGGUUUUUUUGAAAAAGGAAUUUCAUCCUGGUUGUUUUUUGUUUCCGUUUUUUGGUUCAGAUGCUGGCUAAAUUUGUCUUGUAAGCUGUCAUCAUUUUCUAAUAAAAAUCACCCAUUCUCAAAACAGUC